ACCCGGACUGCGCAUGCCCGCGACUCCUGAGCGACAACGUAUGAAAGUAGGUUAGCUAGGUUAGGCCCCGUGUGGUGGAUUUUAGCCUCCAGCUCUGCGGUUCGGCGGUGUUCAGAGUGCGGGGACGGGCCGCUGCGGGACGGGGAGGCCCGGAGAGCGAGGACUGGGUCUGAAGCGGGGCGUUUUGAACGGCUGAGAGCGGCCUGGCGGGCGGGAAGAGCCCAGAGCAGCCGGGCUGCGGCGCUGACUGGAGCUUCCGUAGCGGGUAGGCCCGCUGACCCACAUUCAGCGGAGCGGAGCUGCGCCCUCCGCCACUUGAACUUCAAAUGUCUUCCCGAAGCUUCAAAUGUAUUUUCUGCAGACUGACCCAUGAAACAUCAUCACUAUGAGCUCUAUAGACAGGGAUGAUGGCAGCAUUUUUGAUGGGUUGAUGGAGGAAGAUGACAGAGAUAAGGCCAAACGAGUUUCCCGGAAUAAAUCUGAGAAGAGGAGGAGAGACCAGUUCAAUGUCCUCAUCAAAGAAUUGGGCACCAUGUUGCCUGGAAACACCCGCAAGAUGGACAAGUCGACUAUCUUGCAGAAAAGCAUCGACUACCUGCGCAAACACAAAGAAAUUGCAGCACAGUCAGAGUCGAGCGAGAUCAGGCAGGACUGGAAACCCCCGUUUCUUAGCAACGAGGAGUUCACACAGCUCAUGCUGGAGGCACUGGACGGGUUCUUUCUUGCUAUUCUGACAGAUGGGAAUGUCAUCUAUGUCUCUGAAAGUGUCACGUCUUUGCUUGGACAUCUGCCUUCAGAUUUGGUGGAUCAGAACCUGUUGAACUUCCUUCCGAUUGGAGAGCAUGCAGAAGUGUACAAAGCUCUGUCUUCUCACCCAGACUGUGAAAACAUCAGCCCGGAUUUCCUUAAAACUAAGAACCAGUUAGAGUUCUGCUGUCACAUGCUCAGAGGCUCGAUGGACCCCAAAGAGCCGCCCGUGUACGAAUAUGUGAAAUUUAUCGGCAACUUCAAGGCGCUAACAAACGUGCCCCGUACAACUCGUAACGGCCUAGAAGGAGUUCUUCAGAGGUCCUUACGUCCAGCCUUCGAUGACCAAGUGUGCUUUGUGGCGACCGUACGGCUAGCAAAGCCACAGUUCAUCAAAGAGAUGUGUACAGUGGAGGAUCCCAAUGAAGAGUUUACAUCUCGACACAGUUUAGAGUGGAAAUUUCUCCUGUUAGAUCACAGAGCUCCUCCUAUUAUUGGCUAUCUGCCCUUUGAAGUCCUGGGGACGUCUGGAUAUGACUACUAUCAUGUAGACGAUCUGGAGUCACUGGCUAAAUGCCAUGAGCAAUUGAUGCAGUUUGGGAAGGGAAAGUCGUGUUAUUAUCGGUUCCUCACUAAAGGCCAGCAGUGGAUCUGGCUCCAGACUCACUACUACAUCACGUACCAUCAGUGGAACUCACGGCCCGAGUUCAUCGUCUGCACACACACUGUUGUCAGCUAUGCUGAAGUGCGAGCAGAGCAAAGGAGAGAGAUGGGAAUUGAGGAGUCUCCUCCUGAGCUCACAGCAGACAAGCAGUCACAGGAUUCAGGCUCUGAGUCACAGUUAAACACUUCCAGCCUUAAGGAAGCACUGGAGCGUUUUGAUCGCAGCCGCUCGCCGUCCACGUCCUCACGAAGCUCCCGAAAGUCCUCACACACAGCCGUGUCCGACAGCACGUGUACCUCCACUCCCUCUAAGCUGCAGAUGGAUGUGAGCACUCCUCCUCGACCCCCCACUGUUGAUAUGACAUCACAGCGGUCUGCUUCAGUCAGUGGCCAGACUGUGAGCUCCCAGAACACCACACAAAAUUCAUCUCCUGCUCAAGUCAACCAGCAGCAGCAACAGCUACAACCCAGUGCUCAGUAUUCUGCGCAGGUAAACGCCAUGCAGCAUUUGAAGGAGCAGCUGGAGCAGAGGACGCAGAUGAUCGAAGCCAACAUUAAGAAGCAGCAGGAAGAACUGAGACAAAUACAUGAGCAGCUACAGAGAGUUCAGGGCUCAGGGAUUCAGAUGUUCCUGCAGCAGUCCGGGAGUGGCAUAAACGUGCAGGUUCCUCAGGUUGGUGGAGCUUCGGUGCUAGGUGCAACAUCACAAGCUGGUGUUGUGGCCAUUCAAGGCCAGAGUGUCACAAGCUCGGCCCACAGUGGAACUCAGCACAUCCUACCCCAGCAGCAGGCUCCAGCAGCUUCUCAGCAACAAAAUCAACAAGGCUCUGUACUUACACAGAGGACUCCAGUGUAUAACACAAUGAUGAUCAGUCAGCCUGGCAAUGCCAACGUGGUGCAGAUACCCAGCACCCUGGCACAGAGUGUCAACCAAGGAGCUUCCAUUAACAGGUUUCCUGCAGGACAGCAGUUGGUGACUAAGUUAGUAACCGCUCCAAUGGCUUGUGGUACAGUGAUGGUCCCCACUACAAUGUUUAUGGGUCAGGUGGUGACAGCCUACAGCCCGUUUGCACAGCAGCAGGGACAGACACAGACCAUAGCCCUGCAGCCACAGGUAGCUGCACAGUCAGACUCUCAAACACAAGCACCCGCAGUGCAGUCAGCUCAACAGCAGGGGGCGACGCAGCCACAGCAACAGCAGCAGUUCCUACAGGGCACUCGAAUUCUACAUGGCAACCAAUCGACGCAGCUAAUUCUACAGGCUUUUCCUAUUCAGCAGCAGGGUGCAUUCACCACAACGCAGCAGCAGCAACCACAGCAACAACGUCAGCGACCGCAACAGCCGCCGCAGCAGCAGCAUCAACAACAACGAUCCCAACAGCAGCAACAUCAACAACGAUCCCAACAGCAGCAACUAAAACCUCAGACUCAAAAACCACAGAAACCCCCCUCAUCCCACCGGACUGAGAGCUCCAGCGCUCAGUCGCAGUGACGGAACUCCACUUCCUGACCCAUGGUGCUGUUUUUCUUUUUUGUGAACAAACAGUAGUAGUAAUAUUUGGAGAGCACUGGCUAGCUCCUCCCACCCUGGAGACAAAGGCCUGUGUUCCUUGUGGUGACGCCGGCGGGUCAGAUAACGGAGUCCCCGUCGCUCUGGCAACAACGUGGAAUCCGACACUGCCAGGUGGUUCUCACAGCAACCAGCCAGGACUCCAAACAUUUCACUGCAAUAACGAAUAGCAGCACCCUUCAAACCAAGGUCUUGUUUUGGUGUGUUUUUGUAAUUUAUUUAAGCAUCGACAUUCAGGAGUGUGGUCCUCGUGUGAUUCUCGGAUGAGAGGAAAACUCUCCGCCUUGUCUGAGAAGUCGGUCUUUACUACCUGUACAGAUUCGUGUACUAUACCAUGUAAAUAUCCAGGUGUAAAGGAACAAAAUAAGAAAGCUAAUAUUAUUUUAUACUCUGCAUGAAAAGUAUAAGCUUAUAAGCUUUCACGUUUAGUUCUGGUUUUAUGUCUUUAUGUCUUUUAGGAUUUUUAUGUCUUGGGUGUGUUUUCAAGAAUUUCUGAAAGAUUCAGAAUCAGUUUUAAUGUAGCUGUUCCUCUUUUUUAUUGUAUGUUUUCCCAGAAUCUGAGGUCCUGUUUACACACUGGCAUUAAUAUGCGUUUUGUGUCGGGAUAGCAUCUGGAUCUACUUUGACUGCAUUUUGUUGAGAUCCAACAUCCAAUCCAAUAAUAUACUUCCAAUAAAAAUAGUUAUUUUGUUCACAUUUAAAUACCUAUCAUCAAAAGCUUAUUCUUAAGCAAGGAAAGGUGAUUAAUCACAGAAUUAUAUUGUGAUUUAAUUUGAUGAAAACCCACUUUUUAAUGAUCCACAAUAACAAUUUCCUGUAUUAACAUAAAGUUUCUAUUGACACAGACGUGCAGUAUUUCCACUUGUUUUACUGAAUUUGAUCACAGAGAAAGCAUUCUGUUUACACUCGGAUGAAAUCCUCUUAUCUCUCGUCACCUCUGAAUGUGUUUUAAGUGAUCCUGUCGUAAUCUGACCACAGUACAUCUUGGGGGGCUUUUACACCUGACUUUUUUUUUUAUGCAGACAAGUGAAAUCUGUUGCAUUCACCAAAAAUGCAUAUUAAUGCCAUUUGUAAACAGGCAAUGAGAGAUGCUCAGAUAAUCAUUUUUGGUUCCAAAAGAACUGUUUAAUUUGUUUAAUCUUAACCUUUUUUUAACAGUAGAUACAGGAAAAAAAGGAGAGAGUUACCUCUGCCCUGUAGGCCAGUGUAUCCCCAGUAUUUGUUUUAAGUGCCAACAUUUUUUUAUAUUAUAAAAAAACAAUCCUUUAAAUAUUUAAUUUUCCCAGAACAAAAGUCUUCCACAGAUUAUUCGGAUGAUAUGCCCCUGGAUACAAUGAGUAUAAAGUUUUUUUUUUUAUGGUGUUCUCUGAAAAGAGGCCCCUACCCCUUUUGUUUUCUAGCACUUAUUGUGUUUGCACACACUAAAAUGGCCCUUACUUGUAAUUGUGAUUGUGAUUUACUAGUGUUUUGUGAUAAACUGGGUGGGUGGGUGAGUGAGUGAGUGAAUGAGUGAAGAGAGCAAGCAUGUGGAAAUUAAGACUGAGAGAAAGAGUGUGAGGGACAUUGAUAUGAAUGUUUGUGUGCACACGUUAAAUGCAUAGGCAAUAUGCAGCUAUUUUUUAUUUCUCACAUUUGUAUAAAAAGAAAAGAAAAGCAGGAUUUUAGUGCACUAGAAACUCACAGGAACCUCCAUAUUGUUUGUGGAAAUUAUGCAACAGGCCUGGGUAAUCCAUAAUUCCAUAACCAGAGUGUUUGUGAUGCAUAUGAGAAGAUUUUGUGAUCUAAAUCAUAGCCAUGACAUUCAGAACCCUUAAAUGCAAGUGUGUGCAUGCAUGUGUGAGAGAAAGGUUGGAUGGAGUGUGCUGCUUUACUAGAAGUCCAUAAAUGUUCCCUGACAAACGAACAUCUUGGCAAAUGAAAAACUCUUAAGUCUAGUUAAUAUACAUAAUAUUUCUAAUUCCUAAAUAUUUUGAUUAUUCAGUUUAUUAAUGGAAGUUUAAUAGGGCUCCGGUGAGCUCCAGUGAUGACAAAUAAGCUUAAACACAAAUUAGCAAUGAUAAUCAAGGCUCCAGACUAAUGUUUUAUAUUUUUUAAUAAAGCUUCAAAAGUGCCCGGACCGUUUUGUCUGCUGUCCUGCAACUAAAAAUCAUAGGUUUACAGAUUUAUUAGUAUUUAAAGACCAGUAUUGGUACAUAUUUAUGAAAUUGCACCAUAUUUUCAAUUACAAAAGUAAAACGAUACUUCUAUACCCAUUCUGGCCACAAUAUAUCCUCAACCUUUGUCCACUUUCAGCAUACCUUGUAGGCAAAUUUUCUAAUUUUUUGGGCAAUUAUGUUGAAGGGAUUUAUUGCGAACUAAAUACAGUCUUCCUUAAAGAGCUUUAAUUCUGCCCUGUGUGCUACUACUGUAUUUUUAUACAUUACAGUAGUUUUAUACAUACGGCAUUAGUUUGGAGCCCUGGCAAUGAAUUUAAAGUAACUAGAGGUAUUUGUCAGAUUCUGUGUCAGUGUUGGCAAUACUGGAAUCUGAUCACAACUGAUAAGGGUGUAUCAGCCCAUCACUAGACUAGUUCUACUUGUUUCAAGUAGCAGUGCUUUUAAACUAGUACAAAUAUUUGGCCAUAUGAACAUAGAACAUUAAGCUAAAUUAACUUUUUUUAUUGAAAAUGUUUGAAUAAUUUGUAUUGAAGCGAUCAGAUUGUUUUAGAAUUUUGGAGCAUUUCUGUUGGCCGAUUUGCCAAUAAUUAAGUAAAAUACAAAAAGUAAAAAAAAAAAAAAAGUCAGUAUAUAACAGAUAUUUAUAUACUGACUUGAUAUAUAAGAUGAAUUUUCAUUUGCCAUCAUGUAUCAUAUGUAGCACUCUACAUGCUGCAUACAUAAACCCAGGCGACAACCAAUCAGUUCUUGCGUUGCAGUAAUUAAGUGUUGUUGUAUGCCCCCCGCUGGCUAGCUGUAUACCUCAGAAAUUCAUAGUAUUGAGUGUUUUCUAAAAUAAAUCCAAAGCAACUUUAUUUUCAUAUUUUAAGAAGACAUUAGUGUGAAGCUGUGUAUAGACCGUUAACACUGUCAUGUGAAAGAUGUAUGCGAUGUAAACUGUAGUAAAAGUUAUUACCCAGUUUGUGGAUUUUAGCACUUCAAACUAGGGCUACAUUCACAUUACUCAGUUGGUAAGUAGAGCAAAUCUGAAAAAAAAUACAGAUGUAGUUUUAUUUUUUUUCCUUUUAAUGAGAUUGGAGCUGCCUUUUUAUGUGGUGCUAGAUUUGAUAUAGAGAAGGAUGGGAGAAAAUAUUGAAAUUGCGAUAUAUCGCAUUGGUUUUGUUAGUGAUAUAUAUAUAUAUAUAUAUAUAUAUAUAUAUAUAUAUAUAUAUAUAUAUAUAUAUAUAUAUAUAUAUAUAUAUAUAUAUAUACACAUCAGAACUUGGCAUCAAAUAUGGAUAUUUUUAUUGAAACAGGCACUCUAAAAAAAACUAAAAUAAUAAUAAAUCAGAUUGUGGAAAAAAAUAUAUAUAUGGUAUAUAAUACAAAACUGUUGUCUAGUGUUUUAUGUAGUAAAUGUUGCAAAAACAUGCAACAUUUACUGACUCUUUUUUUUUUUUUGCUUGAAAUGUGAACGUAGCCUAAGAACGUGCAGCUCAAGAUCGAUCAUCUUCCUUUGUCUGUGUCCUGUAUCCCAUUGACUUCCUUCUUGCUUCCAUACAGCCUGGCACCUAUGACCUGCUGAGAUGUCUCGUAUGUUGUAUUGUGUGGCCACGGCGGUCUGUUUUGAGGUCGUAUCGAGUGAGUCUUAACCAAACAGCAUAAGGCAGAACUUCCUCAGGUGCUGUUAUUUUUGUUUUUCUAUCAACCAGAUUUAGAUUUUCUUGCCAUGUGAUUUUUUUUUUGUUUUGUUUUGUUUUUGAGUUUCAGUAUCUAGCCACCAAAGAUGUUUUGUGUAAUUUGACACAUUUGAACACGCUCUGUAAAAAAAAUUGUUACAGAAAUAAUUGCAAAAACCUACAGUGUUAUAUAAUUAUUAAUUCCAUUGUACGGACAUUGUAGGCCCCCAAUAUACACUGAUCAGUCAUAUUAUUUAAAAAAAAAAAACAUCCUUGUUUCUAUACCUGUUGUCAGACACAGCAGUGCUGCUGGAGUUUUUAAACACUGUUUACUCACUCCUAUCUAGCUGCUCCUCCUUGAAGUAGAAGUAAUCAGUGAUGAUGCUAUUACACCCUUUUAAAGAGUACUUUUUUAUUAUUAUUAUUAUUAAUAGAUAAGCAGUGCAUUUUCUUAAUGCUGGCUAAAUUUCAAUCAAACACAAUGGGCAAUAUUGAAAAGUUGUGGUUUUUUUUUAUAGGUAAUUUCCACUUUAUUAUAUCGUAUCAUAUUAUAUCGUAUACGUAUGAUACAUCGUACCUAAGGUAAUUACCAUGACAGUUCCACACUUUUAUGUACACUUAUGUAUGUGGUGCUGCUCCAAUGCUCCCCCUCCCACCAGAAGAAAGGUCCCACACAACCUAAGGAGUGCUGUUAUAUAGUGUGAGCAUAUUCCAUUAGUUUUAUGGGUGAAAUUAUGUAUGAUGGUUCAACAUACCAGGAAUAUAUAUAUUUUUUCUUUUCUUCCUUGGAAGGGUAUAUGCACUCGGUUUAUGAGCUCAUGUGAGGUUAAAAAACAUAAAAAGGCUGUGACUGAAAUUGACCUUUACUCCCUAAUUAGUAGUGCACUAUAUAGAGAGACUAUUUGUUUAGCAAAUGUGAUUGGCUAAGCCCUGAAUUAGUUAGUUACAGCACUGUGCUGUUGUGCUCUACAGUGAUAUUUGACCGUUAUGUAGAAACACGAGACAAACUAAAAGGGGAAAUAUGUGAAGUUUACAGUGUCCACUGACGCUGUGUUGCCAGAUUGUCUAGUUUCAUUCCAAUUUCAGUUGGUUGUAUUUGUAAUUGAGGAAAUGUGGCACUUGCUUGGUAACAAGACUCACAAUGCAUUUUGAUCCGCACUAUAAAUUAAGACUGGAAUGUUGGACUUUAUAGUGCCUUCAAAUCCCACUUUACAAUAUAAAAAAUGACCUCUGUACUCAAUAUUACACUUAAACAUAAAUAGGCACCCAUUUCAGUCACAGCCCUCGUUAACAAAGAAAGCCUUUUUUUAACUCCAUCACAACUCCAUUCUAAACUGUGCGUGUAGUUAAGCCCCACCCUUUUUUUUUCAUGACAUUGUGGUUAUAAGUGAUAAUUUUAUUUGACCUAUUUUAUAUUAUCAGUAUCUGUAAUCUGAAGUGUAAGAACGUAUACUUCACAUUAUUAAACACUGUGAAUAUCUCCAUUACCUAAAAAAGAAAGGAAAGCUCAGUUCACAGCUCAUGCCUCUAUUAAUGAUGUUCUAGUUUUGUAAGUGUAAGUCCUGUCACAUUGCCAAUAAAUGAUUCUUGCCUCCCCUCUUGGUAAUAUUUUAAUCAGACAAAUAAAAUGAACAAUAUAUGACCUUU